ACCAGUUCCACGAAGUAAAAACAAAAAUUUCGACUAAAUUUCACCAGCCAAAGCCACUGUCGAGUUGAUGUUUAGUCGAUACAGUUCAUUAUUGAAAAGAAAAUUACCCAGACUAGUUUAUUUUAUAAAGAUGGAGAAUUGUAGUGGAAAGGCUAUCCGACAGCAAUUUAUAGAUUUUUUUGUUGAGAAAUAUCAACACACCUUCGUCCCAUCAUCUUCUACUAUUCCUCACGAGGAUCCCACAUUGCUGUUUGCCAAUGCUGGAAUGAACCAGUUUAAAGCUUGCUUCCUUGGUACAGUGGAUCCAAAGAGUGAUUUCGCCAAAUUGACACGUGCUGUAAACUCACAGAAAUGCAUCCGUGCUGGAGGUAAGCAUAAUGAUCUGGACGAUGUUGGGAAAGACGUAUACCAUCACACUUUCUUUGAAAUGCUGGGGAACUGGUCAUUUGGUGAUUUUUUCAAGAAAGAAAUAAUUACAUGGUCUUGGGAGCUAUUGACCAAAGUUUGGGGCUUGGAUGAAGAUCGUCUUUAUGCAACAUAUUUUGGUGGUGCAGAUGGUGUUCCUGCUGAUGAAGAAGCUCGACAAUAUUGGAUAGAUGUUGGAUUACCUCCGGAAAGAGUGCUUCCAUUUGACAUGAAAGAUAAUUUUUGGGAAAUGGGUGAGACAGGUCCAUGUGGUCCUUGUUCUGAAAUCCAUUACGAUCGUAUUGGUGGAAGAAAUGCUUCACAUCUAGUUAACAUGGAUGUUCCAGAAGUUUUAGAAAUCUGGAAUUUGGUUUUCAUGCAGUUUAAUAGGGAACAAGAUGGCAAGUUAAUUCCACUACCAAAACAGCAUGUAGAUACUGGAAUGGGGCUUGAACGUGUGGUGUCCGUUUUGCAAAAGAAAAUGUCAAACUAUGAUACAGAUUUGUUUACUUCCUACUUCAAAGUCAUUCAAGAGGGUACCGGUACAAGGCCGUACACUGGAUUGGUAGGUGCAGAAGACAAAGAUGGGAUCGAUAUGGCAUACCGUGUCAUUGCAGAUCAUAUACGUACUUUAACAGUUGCUUUAUCUGAUGGUGGAAGGCCUGAUAAUGCUGGCAGAGGGUAUGUCCUACGACGUAUUUUACGACGAGGUGUACGUUAUGGAACCGAAAAACUCAACUUCAAGCCUAGUUUCUUUGCCUCUCUAGUUGACGUAGUAUGUGAAACUCUGGGUGAAGCUUUCCCAAACAUUUUGAAAGAUCCCCAAACGGUUAAAGAUAUCAUAAAUGAGGAGGAACAGCAAUUCUUGAAAACGUUGACGCGUGGACGAAGGUUAUUUAAUCGAGCUGCUGACAAAGCUAAUAAUGGUCAAAUAGAUGGUCAGGUUGCUUGGAGGUUGUAUGAUACGUACGGCUUUCCUGUUGAUUUAACAGUACUCAUGGCUGAAGAAAGAAAUCUAAUCGUAGAUAUGAAAUCAUAUGAAGAAUCCAAAUUAAAAGCACAGGAAAUGGCUCGUGCGAAAGGCUCAGGUCAAGAAGACUUGUGCUCCUUAGAUGUUCACGCAUUAGACGAGUUAAAAACGAAAGGCUUUGCACAGACAGACGAGUCUUCGAAAUAUAUUUACACGAAAGAUGCCGAUGGAAAUUAUGUCUUCAAUUCCAUCACUGCGACUGUCACUGCACUUCGUAUGAAUAAGCAAUUUGUUGAUGAAGUUCCUGGAGGGAACCGAUGUGGAGUUUUGCUUGACAAAUCAUGUUUUUAUGCCGAACAAGGUGGACAGUUAUACGAUACUGGAUAUAUUAAUAAGGAAAGCGAAGAGGAUGUGGAAUUUAGCGUAGAAGACGUUCAAGUGCAUGGUGGAUAUGUGAUUCACGUGGGAAAGUUGGAAGGGACCUUGAAAGUUGGUGAUAAAGUAAAGUGUAAUAUUGACGAGCAACGAAGAAGAACGAUGAUGAACAACCAUACGGGGACACACAUGCUGAACUUCGCACUACGUAAGGUGUUGGGAGAUGCCGAUCAAAGAGGAUCUCUAGUAGCACCAGAUAAAUUGAGAUUUGAUUUCACUGCUAAGGGAGCUUUAACGACCGAACAGGUGAAGAGCACAGAAGAAAUUACAAGAGAGAUAGUGAGAAAGAAACAAGAUGUCCACGCGACUGUGAGCCCGUUGGCUGUGGCGAAAGAUAUUCAAGGCUUACGAGCUAUCUUUGAUGAGGUGUACCCCGAUCCAGUUCGUGUUAUAUCAAUUGGUUAUUCUCUGAAAGACUUGCAAGAAGAUCCACAAGCUGGUCAUAAGACAUCUAUAGAGUUUUGCGGUGGAACACAUUUAAAGAACACCGGUGACAUGCUGGAUUUUACUAUCAUUUCUGAAGAAGCCAUCUCUAAAGGAAUUCGUCGUAUCGUUGGUAUUACUGGUCAUGAUGCUGAAAAGGCGCAUAAAAAAGCAGAAGUGCUUGAAGAUAGCUUGCAACAACUGAAGAACGCGAUCGAGGUGCACAAGAACAACAACACACUGAGCAUGAAGAAGAUGACUCAGCAAAUAGCUCGAUUAACAGAUGAGAUAUCAGAGUCGAUCAUUCCUGCAUGGCGAAAAGACGAGUUGCGUGAAGACUUGAAGAAAGUAAAGAAAGGAUUAGAUGAUGCCGAUCGUGCUGCGAAAGCUGCAAGACUACAACGUAUCAUAGAAGAGACUGUCGAAAUAGCGAAGACUGCGCAUGAUAAAAGUUUUAUUGUGCAAAGGGUUGAAGAUGGAUGCCAGGCGAAGGCUCUAGACGCAACGUUGAAGCAAGUGAAAACCGCGGCUCCUCACUUGGCCGCCAUGUUGUUUUCCGUUGACAAGGACGCUAACAAAGUGUUGUGUUUGUGUCAAGUACCCAAGGAUGUCGUGGCGUCAAAAGGACUAAAGGCCGACGAAUGGGUUAAGAAUAUCUCUGGCGUUAUUAAUGGCAAAGGUGGUGGUAAACCGCUUUCUGCUCAGGGGUCUGGUGACAAUUUAAAUGACGUAGAGAAGGCGGUUGAAAUGUCGAAACAAUUUGCUACGUUAAAAUUAUCGUAGAAUUUUUUUUUUGUGAUAGAAAUGUUUUUUUAUUUACUAUAUUUCUGAAAUUUUAGAAAAAGAAGUGUAGUCUAUUUAUUAAAUGGAUAUUAUUUUCAAA